UGCAGGCGCACUACGAGAGCAAGUGUGGGUUUGUUUGUGUGUCUGCGAGAGACGGGGAAGGAGAGACCCACUGUGCUGAGAAGCCAGCAGAGCAGUCUCCAGUAACACAGUUGAAGGAUAGGAGAGUCAGUGUUUGCUCAGAGGAGAAAAAGUGUCCAGAGGAGGAGUGAGGGUUGGAGAAAGAGGAAGGAGGGCAGUCUCUUCCCAAGAGAGCAGGAGGUAAAUUGCCGGAAAGCAAAUAUUAAAGACCUUACAAAAGACCACAAGACGUCCCCGUGUUGAGCAGACAGCCAUAGCCUGGAGCCACGCAACAGAGGAGCUUGGAUACACUUACACACAACCACACCCCCCUCUCGCUGCUGUCCACUCACUGAUGAGCAUCACUUCUACUACACACAGACACCUGAAGGGCCACUUUGCCACAUCCAGAGGUGUGGAGGACGAAAAGAGGACACCUGCCCUGUUGAGGCACUCUGCCAAAGUAGCAGUCUUCUCUGGAUUUUUGUUCAUUCAUUUUCUCAAACCCUGAGACUAGAGUCUUCUUCUCGCUCUGACCCCUCCGAGAGCCCCCUCCCCGAGGAGCAAAGAUGAGCUGCAGGAAAAGGUGCAAGCGUGAGAUCUUCAAGUUCGCACAGUACCUGUUCAGACUAAUCACAGGCACACUUAACACCGACAGCGUUGAAGAUGAGCUUGAGCUGUCGGCCGUCCGUCAUCGCCCCGAGGGCUUGGAGCAGCUCGAAGCACAGACCAGUUUCUCCCGUAAGGAGUUACAGAUCCUCUACCGGGGCUUCAAGAACGAAUGUCCCAGCGGAGUCGUCAACGAGGAAACAUUUAAAGACAUCUACGCACAGUUCUUCCCACAAGGAGAUGCGUCGACGUACGCUCACUUCCUGUUCAAUGCUUUUGACACAGAUCACAACGGCUCCGUGAGUUUUGAGGAUUUUGUGAUGGGGCUUUCUAUCCUCCUGCGAGGCACAGUCCAGGAGAAACUCAUCUGGGCUUUCAACCUUUAUGAUAUCAAUAAAGAUGGAUAUAUUUCUAAAGAGGAAAUGCUGGACAUCAUGAAGGCCAUCUACGACAUGAUGGGUAAAUGCACAUACCCCGUCCUCAAGGAGGAGACGCCUCGUCAGCACGUGGAAGUAUUCUUUCAGAAAAUGGACAAGAACAAAGAUGGAGUAGUAACCAUAGACGAGUUCAUUGACUGUUGCCAAAACGAUGAAAACAUCAUGAGAUCGAUGCAUCUCUUUGAAAACGUUCUUUAACUUUUGGGCGACUGCGGAGGCUUUGGAGGAGAAGAGCGACUUCGGCGUGGCCCGGUUGCCGGCAUGGACUCGGCCCGUGUACAGUGUGCUAUGCAGACCGUUGACCGUAGAUACAAUAUUGUUCAUUACCGUGGACCACAAUUACUGUAGGAGUAGGCUGCAUGGUACCAACACUCUGGAAUGAGUUCAGUUUUUAAACAUUUGUUGAAUGCAGUUGGAAAAACACAUAGAAAGCAGAGAAAAUUGAAUAAAAAAAAACAACCUUUUGAUUUCCACUGGACUGGUUAAAACACACUGAGAGGGUACAAAAGGCUGGUUAUAAAAGGGAUUGGACUUUUAUUUUGCCUCUCUGUUAGUCUUGUUUCAUGUACUGCCAAGUGAAAACACUGUGACUUCGGACCGAGGUAACGUCACAUCUGUUUUUAACAUCCCAGGCCGUUUCUCCGUUUUAGAGUGUUCUCACACAACUUAACCAACCAGUGUGGUCUUGUCUUUUUGCUCUUUGAAAGGGACAAAGAAAACAUUGGACCAUUUUAAAUUGUAUAUAUUAUAUAGAUAAAGUAUUAUAUUAAAAAAAAAGGAAACAUUUGACUUUUGUUUGCGUUUACUUGCCAGCCAGCCUGUAUUGAUGUCAGAGUCGGGCCGUGAUGCUGGUUCUGUACCGAAGCACAGAGUAGCUAGAUUUACGGAGAGUGUCACCUUAGACCAUGUUCCCCUUGUCAUGAGAGAAAUGCUGCUUUCAGUGUCUUUUAAUUCAUCUUAAGUAUGUAUAUUUUCUGUAAAGUAAAUCUAUAAACAUGUUUUCAUUUGGUUUCUGGAGCGCCGUUUAGGAGUUUUCAUUAAGAACAGUGUUUAAGGUUAUUUAUAUGGUAUUAUGUUAAUUGUACAAAAGAUCCGGUUGUACAGUAUUAAAUGUAAAUUCACU